AUUUCCGUGCGCACCGGCAAAGUUUUUCAACAAAAAGUUAAGCAAAAUAACUGCAUAAAGGAAGUAACUGUAAUCAUGGAAGAGUUGUGCAGCAAUUUCGGACACUCGAGUACUUCUAGUACCGGCAGCAAUUCAUCAAUAUCAGCCAAGACAGCUUUGAGCGAGUGCUCAGCCGCUUGGAUAAAUUACUUGAGUGCUCUAAAUAGUCUAUGCACAUCUGGAUCCAAGUUGGCGCAUUCCAUUGCAGUCUUGGAGCAGUGGUCAUUGAAUGAGAAGCCGCUGUUUAACAACUACACUACAUCUUAUUUAACAAAUUCAUGGAAUGAUCUGGCAAGGGCAACCACAGUGGCCACAGGAACUGUCAAAACUCACAUGUUAGCCAUACUACAGGACUUUGUUACCAUACCGUCCGUGGAUCAAUCUACUUCUGCCAUUAAUACCGAGCUGGAACAAAAGCGACUCAGAGAACAUAAUGAGCUUAUCGUUCUGGAAAAUGCACAAUCCGUAAUCAAUAUUCAACAUCAGUUCUGUGCCGCUAGCUAUGAUGCGUUUUCAUCGCUAACCUGUUGUUUCGUCUGCCAAUCCCCAGUUGGGUUUCCACAUGAACAAGACUGCAGUGUUAUCAAGCAGCGCUCUCAAUACGAUCAACGAUCGCAAACGCCAUCGCCAAACUUGUGCGUCUCAAAUGUUAAAUCGGAAUCGUCGAAAGGAAAUUCGCUAACCGAUCAGCGUCCCAUUGCAAUUGGAAUAACAGAAUCAGUGGAACAACCGCGCUGUCCAUCGCCACUCCUAACAUAUCACGACCCAAAUCCAAUGCAGGCUAUUUUCGAACACACUCGCGGUCCGUUGCCAAACCCGGGACACUUGCUUUCGAUGAAGACGCCAUUCCAUCGAAAUGUCAAAUCAUCUUUAAGUUUUCCUCUGUUUCCUUUGAAUGGUCAGCGCCGUUGGUCAGAGGCUGCUGCUGGUGAAGUUAUAGAUGGCAACGCUACAGAUCCCGAAAGUCAAAUGCGAAGGUGGUCCAUGCCGUGGGAAGCCACAAAGUCUGACACCAACACAGUGACAUGGAACCAAACGCGAAUAAUGCCAAUGAAUACUUUAAAGACUGCUUCUUACAAAAUGUCUAGCUCUGACCGAUACACUUCCCACAAUUCAGAUGGAAACUGCCCUUUGCAGUCAAGCAGUCAGGAUGGUCUACUAGAAGCUAUUCAGUUACUCUCAAUAAAACCAACCACAAUGAAUCAAAUAAAUCCUCAUUCUAUGCCGCCCACCUCCCCGGAUGGCGGCAUAGACUAACUAUAAACUUGAAAAA